AUGAAUCUCAAGCUCCGGCAGGCCAUCCCCGGCCGCCCGCGGGGGGACUCGACCUGCCCCAUUGCUGGCGUCAAUGCGGACGGCGUUGCCUUUCAGGUGUACCCCAGCUCCACUAAUGUGGUCCUCGUUGACCAGGAAGGCCAGCUGAAGCACACGCUGUCGCUGUGGGAUGCGCUGCCCCACCGUGCUGGGCCGAGUGGGAGCCGAGACGUAAAGGGGGUGGUCGCGCGAGAUGACAUGAUCGUGGCCUGGUCCGGCAUCCACGUCGUGCUGUGGAACUACACAGACAAGUGGGUGCAGCAUUCCCACGUCGUCGCAUCAGCGCCGAUCGCAAGUCUGGAUUACGCCAACGUCCUCGGAACACAGAAGGGCGUCGAAGUGUGGCAAAUGGACCCGAAGGCGGACAUUGUCGUGUGGGACCGCCUCGCUCGCUGGCCGACCGCCGCCGACCCCCUCGUCGCCGUGCACGUCUCCAAGUCCCAUGUCGCGUGGCGCUUCGCCGGCGGACGCAGCGCAUACAUCCAGGCGCUGAACCGGAAGGGCACAGUCGGCGACGCCCAGGAGCUGAGGCAGCCGCGCGAGAUCGAGUGGCUCGGCUUCCGCUCCGUCGCUAGAGCGUUCGCGCACGAGGGAAGCAAGGGCAAGUGCUCGCGCGUGGGCACGAUCUGGGUUCCGGACGCGGCAACGUUGAAGGUGGCGGCGACGGCAGCACUGCAGCACGCGCGCGCAAAGCGAGUCAUCCUGGAUGCCGAGCCAGCCAAGGCGCUCGAGCUCCUCGAGUGUAACGAGAUGGACGUCGCGGUCUGGUUCGGGCCGGACGGGACGGUGUCUUUGCGCGCAAUCCUCCCGCCGACACUGAUCCGAUCUGAGGCGCUGGCAAGCAUCAACGUUGGCUUCUCGGCCGGCUGGUCGGCGCAGGGCUGUCUGGUUUCAGACGCCGCGACGGAUACGAUCUUCCUCGGCUUCCCUCCGGUCGAUGGCUUCAAGGACAUCAGCACGCUGCGCCUGUCGCUCGUCAACGUCAUGAUGUCGGACGACCUGUCCCUGCAACCGACAAAGGAAAGGGAUGCCGAGGCCAUCAAUGUGCUCAUGUCCCAGGACAUUGCGGAGUUUGUGCGCACGCCGAACGGCCGCGGCCUGCUCGCCAUCGGUAAGGAUGGCGAGGUCGGCACGUGGGAGAAGCGCAAGCUUGGCAAUGUGCCGCAUAACUCGAUCACGACGCCGGCACUUGUCGGAAAGGGACAGUGGAUGGCGCCGGCGUCGCCCAUUGUGUAUGCUAUCUACGCUAAAGGUCGCGGCGUCGCUUCGUACUACAAGGAUCCCGAGAGGGGUCCCGUUGUGGUGUUACAGCACCUCGACCCGGGAGACGGGACACCGACGGAACCGGUGCCAAUGCCGAACUUCGACCCUAAGGAGGGCGACGAGAUCAAGUUCCUCCUUGCUGUGUCGGACAUCGAUGACGGAUACAGCCAUCGAAGACGAAGGACGAGAAGAGCCGUCAUCCUGGCUGUCGCCGAGAGCGGCGAGACGUGGGUGUGGCGCAUUGACCCCGCCCCAACAUCGCCACAUACGGAGCUGUCACAGUCUCCCCUCGCCACUCCCUCCCGCUCAAGUCGUCGCUUCGAUCACUCCCCCGACGCAUCGCCGGUACAGGGAACGUCCACACUCGAGAAGCCGAUCGUGACGUUGAUUUCAAACUCGACGCUGCCCAUCGAGGGCGGGGGCAAGCCGCGCUUCGUGCUGCCUGUCGACCCGAUGGGAUGGCACCAGUCCACCGUCGAUUGGGAGACCGACACGCCAUUGCAAGACAUGGUCGUGACGGUGACGGAUGAGGGUGUGAUUGAGUUCUGGACCCCGAAGCUCGGCCAGCACCUCGUUGGCCACCGCCGGUCCAAGGUCGAUGGAAACGACCCCAACGCCGCUUGGACGCGCAGUAGCGUUGUGCGCACCGAGCGGAAGAAUGUCAUCAACGCGCGGUGUAGCAGUAGGAAGAAGACUGUACUGGCUGACGUCAGACACGACAAUGUAAUCCAAGAUUUGGAUUGGACGACAACGUCCGAUCUGCAGUCCGUCCUCGCCGUCGGGUUCAAGCAUCACGUCAUCCUCGUUUGCGAGCAGCGCAUGAACUACGAUACUGUCAUGCCCGGAUGGGCGGCCUUCCUCACCAUUGAUCUGACCAAUGUUCCGAUAGCGGACUCGAUCUGGAUUGCCGGCGGCUCCCUCGCCGUUGCAACCGGUAACCAGAUCUACGUCUUCAGCCGCUUCCUGGAGGCGAAGGACGACGAUCACGAGGACACGCCCGAGGACAUCUUCCAGCUUAUAGCGCACGAGAACGGCCCGCUGUGGGACUACCAGCCGACGCAGCUCAUGCAGUGCCUGCUGUGGGACAAGAUCGAUCUGGUCAAGCGUAUCCUCAUACAGCUGGAUAAGGAUCUGAAGUACUGCGAGGAGGAGGGCAAGCGUCGCCUCGUGUAUCAGCGCCUCGAUCCGCUCGAGUUCCACAGCACGAACGCCCCGCCUCAGGUCAUCUCGAAGGCGUCGCGUCCGGACUACUCGGACCUCUUCUCGGUCACGCCUGCGAUGGUACAUCCAGCUCUCGUCACUGACCUCGUUGACCGUCUCGACGGACCGGUCAUUAUGCCGCUGACUGUCAACGAGAAGUCUUCGCUGGCGGCCCUGGCCCAGGCGACACUGGAGGUGGAGCGCUCAAGAAGAUCGCUCGACAUUUGCGGAUUGCGCUACCUCAUCUCGAUCCGCAUGUUCGUGAACCACGACCGCCUGUCUGGUCCCUCGGGUACGACGACGCCCGCACCGCAACGUGGUGGUGUCGAACUCCCGAACCAGCUCCGUCCCCGGCCCAAAAUCAGCUUCCGCAACAUCGUUUGGGCAACGCACUCCGAGUCGAACGAGGUGCUGCUUCAGGCCGCGACCGAAAGCUGCGAGAACGGCAAGAUGCUGUGGCAGGACGCAAAACGACUCGGCGUUUUCCUCUGGCUCCGCUCGCCCGAGGCUGUCAAAUCACAACUCGAGGUCGUCGCGCGCAACGAGUUCAUGUCCUCUGAGGACCGGGAUCCCAUCGGGUGCUCGCUCUUCUUCUUCGCGCUUGGCAAGAAGCAGGUCGUCCAUGGUCUCUGGCGCCAAGCUCCAGGUCACCCGGAACAGGCGAUGAUGCUCAAGUUCCUCGCGAACGACUUCAACCUUCCGCGCUGGAAGACGGCGGCCAUGAAGAACGCCUAUGCUCUCCUCAGCAAGAAGCGUUUCCCGUUCUUCAUGCUGGCAGGCGCUACCAAGGAUGCCAUGUCGGUGUGCCUCCGCCAGCUGAACGACUGGCAACUCGCUCUGCUCCUUGCGCGUGUUACUGAGAACGGGACGGAUGGACCACUUUACCGCUGGGUGCUGGAGGACACUGUGCUCCCCCUCGCCUUCGGUGGAGGUCACCGCUGGCUCGGCAGCUGGACGCUAUGGAUGUUGAAGCGCCGUGACCUGGCAGUUCGCGUGCUAAUCGUAAGUUGGUCAAUUGAGUUGUGUGCUAACUGUCAGUCCCCAAUCGACGAAGUCGCGAAUGCUUGGGCCAAGUCUAACCCGGACAGCCCGAAGAUGGAGGUCGGUAACCCAGACAACGACGACCCGUCACUGCUUUUGCUGUUCCAGCACUUGAAGGCGAAGACACUGCAAACCGCGAAGGGCACGUCCGAGGUCCCGGCUAAGCUCGAGUUCGACUUUGUACUGCACAAUGCUCGCGUCUUCUGUCGCAUGGGCCUCGACCUGCUGCGCUCGUGGUCGUUCGCGCGCCCGACGUUCCCCAAGCGCCGCCGUCCCUCCACGUCUCCAACAAGGAGCAUGCACCCGACGAGCCAGCGGCGCGAGUCGUUCCUUCUCACAUCCAAACGGCCCGAGAAGACGAUGCUCAUGGACAUGGACCCGCUCGAGGAGAGCGGUACCGAGCCGCCAACAGAGGCGCCCACGCGCGUCCCAUCACCCACGCCUCCGGCCAUGAACGACUUCUUCUCCAACUUCUCGCUCGGCGACCCGCCCAAGAAGGCGAACGGAAACGGCCCGUCGCCGCUCAGCAAGGAGGUCGCGAGCCCCGGCACGAUCAGUCCCAAGGCUCCCGAUACGCCCGAUGGCAAGGGCGAGAAGAAGGACACGGACGGGGGCAAGGGAGAGGACAAGAAGAAGGACGAGACGAAGGCCGAGGACGGACUGCCACCUGCUCAGAGCCCGAAGAAGAAGGUCGGAAACCUCAUGAAGGAGCUCCGGAACGAUGUGCAGCAGGGCGCGAUGGAGUUCAACAUGGACAACUUCUUCUGA